AUGGCCAGCGGCUCAAAGCCUAAGCACCUUGGUAACGGGCCAGUCAUUGGUGCUAAGCUGCAAACUGAGCUAAACAUUAACCCAUCCCGUUUCAAGCGCCCCAAAUCUCCAUCACACAUGAAUCCCCCAACUUUACCAGACUCCCCAGUAACACCGGCCAACACAAAUCAUAAUUGUCCAGUCAACAAAAAUUGUAACGGUGAAGUCAAGCAAGCUAGUACUACCAAACCUGAUGAAACUGGACAAUACAAAUCCUCAAGCUGUCAUCAAUUCCGUCACAAGACCACUUGA